GAACUACUUGGUAGCCCAUAUUUUUAUAUGGCACAAGCGCGCGCACGUGACCAGAUCCUUCCGCCAAGCAGGUUGACCACAAUCGUCGAGCUCUCCAUCAGUGCCAGCAUUGAGCAAUGGCAGCGUCAACGGCGCCGACCUCUCAAACGCACCCAGCUUCGCUACCACCUUCUGUGUUCACUCUCCCCCAAACUGCACAACUCGAGGCCCUGUACACCAUCAUUCGCGAUAAAACCACAAAUCGAGGAGAUUUCUUGUUUUACUCUGACCGGAUCAUUCGUCUACUCGUUGAAGAAAGUUUAAAUCAUCUCCCUGUGAUACCAAAAACAGUGAAGACUCCAACUGGCGCCACUUAUGAAGGUGUUGGAUUCGAGGGAAAGAUUUGUGGAGUAUCGAUCCUGCGCGCUGGUGAGGCCAUGGAAGCUGGUCUUCGAGAAGUGUGCCGUAGCGUGCGCAUAGGGAAGAUUUUGAUUCAGCGAGAUGAGGAGACUGCUCUUCCGAAGCUAUUUUAUUCUAAGCUUCCUGAAGACAUCGCAUCCCGAUACGUACUACUCCUUGAUCCAAUGUUGGCUACUGGAGGCUCCGCUAUGAAGGCAGUUGAUGUUUUGAUGGAGCAAGGCGUUCCAGAAGAGCGAAUAAUUUUCAUAAACUUGAUUGCAGCACCAGAAGGUUUGAAGAGAUUCUGUGGUAGAUUCCCUGCUUUACGCGUGAUCACCGGAUGGAUAGACAAGGGCCUCAAUGAAAAAUCCUAUAUUAUUCCAGGUCUGGGUGACUUUGGGGAACGAAGAUAUUGCGAAUGAAGAAUAACGAGUAACGUCAAUUACGUACACUCGAAUGACUUUCAUGAAGCACUCAAGUCCUUGAUCCCCAUACUUUUCGUCAACUACCUGCCCUAUUUGCUGGCUGGACAUCUGACUUAGUAUGUUAAAUGAGUGAGCUUGUAAAGGCGAUAUUGUCACUAGACCAAUAAUUUACAAGAAGUCGCUCGUGAUAAAUGUACAUAUACGUUCGCUAAGUGCUAGUCAUGUCGUCUAAGAGGAGCGCCUGCGGGCCUCAGUUGGACAGAAAAAAAAUUACACAAAGGG